CGCCGCCAAUCCUAUAGCCAAUAGUAGAGGUGAUUGAAAAGAAGCUCCAUUUUUUGCUUUUAGCGCUCCGUCUUUAUGUCUUUGGCUUGUGUAUCUAAUGGUCUAAUCCUCUGCUGCGUUCUCGUUCUCCUUUACCCAAAUGCUAGCUUCAAAAGGUUAUUGGCCCACCACCGCUUAACUACUUAAUUAGUAGUGAUGUGCGUUUUUUCCUUUUUCGCGUGCCCGCGGCUCUAUGAGUUUUUUCCGCAAAUCGGCAAAUCGGUACUCCGGCACUUCACGAAGCAUCCGAGAUUAUGUAACUAACGUGUAACUCGAAAAUUUCGUUCGUUAUAUCGUGAAUCGGUAAAUCCUAUGAGCUGUACCCGAAACAUCGCGAGUUAUUCUCUCUACAUCGCGGAAACUAUUGUGGGACUGACUUCAGGAAUCAACCAUGUCGCAGGACUCCACUGGUGCUGGUGCUGAACAUGCUGCUAAUCUCCAAACCAUCAUCGCUGGCUCAGCAUCUCUACCGACCUUUGAGAAACUAAAGGGCCAGGAGAAUUUCUCAUUGUGGAAAUUUCAGAUGAAAGGCUACCUCGAUUACGAUGACCUGUGGGAUAUUACGGACCCCAGCAAGCCAGCCAACCUCAUGGUAUCGGAAGUGUCAGCGACUAAGGUAAAACAGCGCUUUGCGCUAUUUAACCUUAGUAUCAGCGACAGCUAAAAUUUGUUUGAUGCUCGACCCCUGUGUAUUGUGCAUGUUAGAACUGCUUCUACCCCUUCUGAAAUCUAGAAGAAUCACCAAAAGGCUUACGAAAGUAAUGGCCUAUCUAGAAGAUUGCAACUCUUACGCAACCUCUUCAGUACUCUUUUGGAGACAUUCACCAAUAUGUGAAAGUAUGUGAGCGAAAUUCUAAAUCUAAAACAGCAAAUAGCUGAGAUUAGUCAACCUUUAGAGGAUGAAUUCAUAGGAGUUGUAGUAAGGCCAUGUGGCAUCAUAGCCACCAUCAAUAGGGUGUGUGCCCGACCUGGCAACAGCCACACGGACGACGAGACACGAGCCACUUGCCAGAGCCGUCCUCCUUGCUUCGAGUGUGUAUGUCGUGAUCUCGCUAUAAUAAAUGUCUUUUAUGUCUUUGAUCAUCCGCGUCUUAUAUAUUUCGACCACCGACCCACAUCAUGGCGACGAGGAUAACGUGACGGAAAUCAUCGGAUUCACCCGAUCAGCUAAGUAACUGGGGACUGGCCAUGCACCUGUUAUGCCACCAUUCUCACUGCCGCAGAUCACCAGAAGAAAAUGGGUAAAUAGAUUGUUUUAAGUCAUCCCCCGACAUGACGCUUAAGCAGAAUCCACAGCUAGAGUGAUUUCAGUGAAUUUUAUCCAAUCGACUUGAUUCGAAUUGUUUUUAAUUUUUAUAAUGUCUUGAUCUCCAUACGCUACAAGGUAAUAACUGAUAACAGUAGCGGUUGAAGCACCUACCAUUAUUAUAAGCUAAGCAAUUAUUGCAUUCCAGAAUUUUUCAAACUUGCAAUUAAAACGAUGGAAUUGCGAACUCCCGAUCCCCUUUCUCUCAUUGGAAACGUCCAUGAAAACCUGAAACGCUUCAAAAAACAGUGGUUCAAUUAAAGUAUAGGCUACGAGUUAGACAAGAAAGAUGAGAAAGUCCAAGUCGCUAUCUUUCUCAAUAUAUAAGGCACUGAUGCAUAAGAAAUUCUUAACACCCUCAUCAUUACUGAAGCUCAAAAGAAAACAGUAGAUGGUCUUCUAAAAGUUCUAACUGAAUUUGCCAAGCCUAAACUAAACAUAGCUUACUGUAGAUACUUGUUCAAUAUCAUGAUCAACAAGAAGGGGAAUCAUUUGAUCAAUUUUAUAUGGCAAUUAGAAAAUUAGCCGAAGAUUGUGGAUUCGAAAAGCUGAGAGAUUCACUUAUCAGAGACCGAAUCAUCAUAGGCAUCCAUAAUGUUCAACUGAGAGAACUUCUCCUCGGCGAGGAACUGCCGUUAGAGAAAGUAGUUUCCUUGUGCCUCUCCGUUGAAGUAGGAAAGAAGAGGUCGGAUGAAGUCAAUCAACCCAAAGCAUCAAGUGUUGAUCUAGUCAAUAGUGGAAGAUUUCAAAGCAACCUCUCAAAUCAAGGAAACAACUUCGCUGGACAAGGACGAAACAACAACCUUGGACAAGGCUACAACCAUCAAAACAGGUACAACUCGCCCAAUCAACAGCAGCCAUCGAGAAUCAUUGACUGUCGUUCCUGUGGUCAACAACAUCCUGUGCGACAGUGUCCUGCUUAUCGGCAGCAGUGUAAGAAAUGUUUGGGUCGAAAUCAUUUUCAGAAAAUGUGCCGUAUUAACGAAGUGAUUUGUCCUGAAAAUUCAGCACCUUCAGUGCACCUUGAUGAAGUCGAAGCUUCAGAGUAUGUUUAUAUCUCAGAAAUUAGUUGCAUUCCACAUAAUUAUCGGAAAUUAAAAAAAAAAAAAUCGGGAGGUGCAGUAAGGCCAUGUGGCAUCAUAGCCACCAUCAAUAGGGUGUGUGCCCGACCUGGAAACAGCCACACGAACGACGAGACACGGGCCACUUGCCAGAGCCGUCCUCCUUGCUUCGAGUGUGUACGUCGUGAUCUCGCUAUAAUAAAUGUCUUUUAGUUGAUCAUCCGCGUCUUAUUUAUUUCGACCACCGACCCACAUCAGGAGUUUUAAUGCUUGGUGGUGUAACUCCUGAAAAUGAUGCAAUGGUGUUAGCCAUCGAGAAUUCCAAUACAGUCAUAACCUCAGAUCUUAUUAAGGGUAAGCUGUUGGAUCAGGAUAUUAAAACCAAUGAAAAUAGACAAGCUUUCUUUGGAGGUCGUUCUAAAUCCAAGACUUCUAGAUGUAAUUUGUGUAGCAAGAAAGGUCAUUGGGCAAACAAAUGCCGCCAAAAGAUUACAUCUCAUUUAGCCACGGCCCGUGGCGCCACGCAACAAAAAUUGUUGCGUUUAGCCACAACUUAUAGGUGCUGUGGCUAAAUGAAACAAUCAAAAUGAGUGUGGCUAAAUGUAACGAUUUUUGUUGCGUGGCGCCACGCAACAAAAUUUGUUGCAUUUAGCCACACCAAAAAAUUAAGAGUUUCAGUCCCCCGCAGACUAAAUUACUGAUUUUUGAUACAUUUACAUUCUUUCAAAGACAUCAUAAAAUUCUCAAUGACAUUUUCUGUUCCUUUAAUACUUGGACAGAGCUCCCUUUCAAAGUUUAGAGGUAGCUUUACCAAUAUAUCCUACAUAGAAUUAUUUUCCACUCAGCAGUCUAGUUUAUUUUUUCUAAGUAUUACAGAAUUGACGGCAAAAAUUUCAUGCAAGAAAAAAGCAGUUCGAAGCAACUCACCAUUCACUGUGUCUAGUUCUCCUGAAAAGGAACUUAAAGGAAGACAUCAUAGGAUUUUCUGAUGCUGAUUGGGCGAACAAUUGCCCAAGUAGGAAAUCCUUCUCGGGAAAUGUGUUUGUUUAUUCUGACGCUGCUAUCUCCUGGGAAUGUCGCAAACAAGCGACAACAUCACUUUCUAGUACAGAGGCAGAAUAUAUUUCUCUGUCUGAUGCUUCCAAGGAAGCAAUAUACUUAAAGAAUUUACUUUCAGAAUCAAUAGAUAGAUCUGGUCCCAUUCUAAUUAAUUGUGAUAAUCAAAGUGCUCUAAAUUUGUCAGAAAACCCUAUUCUCCAUCGACAAACCAAGCACAUUGAUGUGAAAUAUCAUUUCAUUAGAGAACAGAUAAGAAAUAAGAAUAUUAAAGUAUCUUAUGUACCCGAUGAAGAAAUGAUUGCUGACGCUCUCACAAAACCAGUUCCAGCUCCCAAAUUAAAGGUUUGCGUUAAAGGUUUUGGCCUGAUAAAUUAAUUUUUAUUUGAUUGUAAUAUUUUUCUAAAUAAGAAAGCCAAAUCCUUAAUUACAGUUCAGUUAAACUUUGUUUGUUCAAUUGUUAUCUGAUUUAAUCAUGAACUGAAAUCCUUUAAUACAGGCACUUAAAUUUCUUGUAUCUUUAUGCAUAAUAUCUUUCUUAGCCUGUGAUUUCUUUUUUACUGUCCAGAUUGAAGAGAAGUGUUGGACAUGGACAAUCUGUCCUAGUUGUAUUAAUGCUAUGUUGGUAGUACCUAUCCCGGUUUAUGUUGGUAGUACCAAGUCACGUGCACGGUUGGUGCUAACCUCUGUUAUCUUUUGUAAGAUCCUCUGAUCGCUCAUACUCAUGUACUUCUCUUAAUACAGCUUGUGUCUAAUGGCCUAAUCCUCUGCGUUUUCGUUCUCCUGUACCCAAAUGCUAGCUUCAACAGUUUUUCAAGACGUUCCAUCAGAUUUCAUCCGAAAAAUAGAGCAAAUAGAGUAAAAUUCUGAGAAUUUCCUGGGGAGGCUAGGGGGAGGAGGAAGGGAAAGAGGCUACGUUAACCCCCGCCCCCUCCCGGAUGGCGAACGCUAGAGCUUGCCCUGUCACUGAACCCACCGCACGCCACUGACUUCACAUCAUAAGCCCUCUGUUGAUGUUGAAAAACAGAAUACGGAAUCAAAUAUUGAAUCAGCUGAAUUUCCAAAUACCAUGCCUCUAAAACCCUCUGUUAAAAUUCAACGCCCAGAAACUCUAACAGUCAGUGCCAAUGAGUCUGACUCUGAAUUUUCCACCUUGCAGGCUCCCCCUCCCCCCCCCUCCCCCCACUAUUCAAAAGAGAAUACAGACCUGCUACACUUGUAACGUCUCAACAGAAAACAAUAGGCAGAGGUAAAAGAAUCUCAAAGGCACCAGAAAGAUAUUCCCCUGAUUAACAAAUUAAAGUUCCUUGUGAUUUCAUGUUUUGUGUUUUAUCAAUUUCAAAUAUUAUUUUAAUCAUUAACAAUUUUAGCAUCUCCCAUUUUAUAUUAGUUAUUAUUUAAUUCAAAUAAUGAACUAAUCAUGUUUGUUAUUAGCUGUGUAUUCAAGUCAUUAUCAUUUUUGAUUUUGUUGAAUGAUGUUAAAUACUUUAAGUAUUAUGUGUUGUAUUAAUGAUUGUUACAUAAAUCUUAUCUAAUUAACUAGUUUUAAUGUAAGCAUUUUCUUUUCAAAUAUAAAAAAGGCACAUGUCGAUAUGGCAACUAUAAGCGCCUAGCCGCCCAGGCUCCUGUGGAAGCGGCUCCCUUCAAUACACUACUGUUAUGGCGUCCA